AUGUCCUGUCAGCAGAGCCAACAGCAAUGCCAGCCCCCUCCCAAGUGUCCCACCCUGAAAUGUCCCCCAAAGUGUCCCCCGAAGUGCCCCCCAGUCUCCUCCUGCUGCAUCUCCUCUUGCUGCGGUGUCAGCUCUGGGGGCUGCUGUGGCCCCAGCUCCGGGGGCUGCUGCAGCUCUGGGUGUGGGGGCUGCUGCCUGAGUCACCACAGGCGCCGCAGGUCCCACCAUUGCAGACCCCAGAGGUCUGACUGCUGCAGCCAGCCCUCGGGGGGCUCCGGGUGCUGCGGAGGGGGGAGUGGUCAGUCCUCUGGAGGCGGCUGCUGCUGA